AUGCAUGCACCUCGCGAGCCACACUUCAAUGCGUUAAAACGCAUCCUCCGCUAUAUCAAGGGCACUAUCACUCAGGGAUUACAUAUCACACCGUCAAACACCACAACUUUGACGGCGUACACUGAUGCGGAUUGGGCCGGAUGUCCUAAUACCCGCCGUUCCACGUCUGGUUAUUGCCUAUACCUUGGAGAUAACCUCAUCUCGUGGUCUUCUAAACGACAGCAAACGGUAUCACGUUCAAGUGCCAAAGCAGAAUAUCGCGGUGUUGCCAAUGCUGUCGCUGAAACCGUUUGGGUCCGCAACCUUCUCCUUGAGAUUCAUUGUCCCAUCACAACAGCUACAUUAGUCUACUGCGACAAUGUGAGUGCGGUUUAUCUCUCAACUAAUCCUAUACAACAUCAACGCACCAAACAUGUUGUGAUCGACAUUCAUUUUGUCCGCGAAAAGGUGGCUCUCGGCCAAGUACGAGUGCUCCAUGUUCCGUCAUCACACCAAUAUGCGGAUAUCUUCACCAAAGGCUUGCCCUCCGCUUUGUUUCAAGACUUCAGGUCCAGUCUUCGCGUAAGAGAACCUCACGCUUUGACUGAGGGAGGGUAUUAG